AUCGGCAUCAACCCGGGACUGGUGGCGGCGUUCAAGGGGCAUCAUUACGCCGGGCCUGGAAACCACUUCUGGAAGUGCGCCUACCUGGCCGGCCUCAUCCCUGAGCCGCUGGGUGCAGAGGAUGACUUCCGGCUCAUCGACCUCAAGAUCGGCUUCACCAACAUUGUGUCCCGCACGACCAAGGGCAGCCAGGACCUCACGCGCAAGGAGAUCAAAGAAGGUGCGAAAAUACUGCUUCAGAAGCUCCAACUAUUUCAACCAAAGAUAGCAGUUUUUAACGGCAAAGGCAUCUUCGAAAUAUUUUCUGGAAAGAAGGAAUUCCUCUUUGGCAAGCAGCCAGAGAAAAUCGAAGGCACACAAACGAACAUCUGGGUGAUGCCCUCCUCGAGCGCCCGGUGCGCCCAGCUACCGCGCGCCCUCGACAAGGUGCCCUUCUACACGGCGCUGAAGAAGUUCCGCGACCAUCUAAACGGCGAGAUCCCUGAGCCAGCCGAGUCAGAGCUCACCUUCGAGCCACCCAAACCUCCGGCGGCCCGCCAGGACCGGACACCGCCCUCGGAGACAGCCGACGGCGCGGAGGGUGUACCCCCGGGCAGCCAGCCGGGUGACCCUGCCGCCGCCGGACUUACCGUACCCAUCAAGAAGAAACGUGGCAGACCCCGCAAGAUUCGACUAGAUGAAAAUGGUGUGCCGCUACCCGAGACGGCGCCCAAACCACGCAGGGCGCCGCCGGCUGACCCGAACAAGAAGCGAGGACGGCCAAAGAAGAGCAAGACGGAGGCGGCGGGUGAAGCGGCGCCUGGCUACCCGAUGGACCAGUCGAGUCCCGGGGUGGGCGGCUGCGGGGCUGGGUUCGGCCCAGGAGCGUACCCGGGGUACGGGGGAGGGCCGCAGCAGGAGCCAGGGAUGUACGGAAGUGGGCAGUACCAGCAGUACGGCGGACAGUUUGGUAUGGUCGGCGGACAAUGGGGACAGCCCGGUCAGUACGGACAGCCCCCGGCACACUACGGCGGGCCGUACCCGGGACAGUACGGCCCCGAGUACGGCCCACCCGCGGGCGGUCCCGGAUCCGGCCCGUACAUGACACCGCCGUCCGGAGGAUACGGACCAGGGGAACACUACGGCGGGGCGCCGGGCGAUCAGUACCAAACCGGCACGCCCUACUCACAGAUGGGGCCAUACGGUCAGCCGGGCCCGGACCAGCACGGCGCGGCACAAACUGGUCAGUACGGCCCGCCGAGUGACCAGCACGGUCAGCCCUCUCACAGUCAGUACGGUCAGAUACCCGGCGAGCAGCACGGCCCGGUGACCGGUCAGUACAGUCAGGCGCCGUCCGAACCCCAGCCAACCCCGCCGGGGCAGUACGGUCCCCCGCCACACGGGAGACACGGCCCGGGUGGUCAGUACAGCCAGCCGCCGGCCGAGCAGCCGUCAGCGGGCCAGUACGGGGAUCAGCAGGGCACGCCGGGCCAGUACGGUCAGCCGGGAUCGGACGGUCGGCCGCCGUCAGGGCCGUACCCGCUGCCCCCGUCCAGCCAGUACGGCGGCUCGGCGGCGGCCGGGCGGUGCAGCCAGUCGCCGGCUGGGGACUACACACCCUCACCCACUCCCACCAGUCAGUACUUUCCGUCACCGGCGAGUCAUUACACCCAGUCGCCGGGGAGUCAGUACAACCCGCCGUCAUCGGGAGACCAGUGUGUGCCGUCACCGGCGGCCCAGUACAGCGCCUCGCCCCCGGGGCAGUACACUCACUCUCCUCCGGGACAGUACUCGGCGUCACCGACAGCUCCGCAGUCGCAGCUGCAGCCGGGCGGUGGGACGUACACUCAGCUGCUGUCAACUCCGCACCCCCUGCCGCCGAGCCAGUCGCCCGGAGCGCGGUUCCCACCGUCGCCCUCAGCCCAGAGCGGCGUGCAGUCACAGGCUCAGUCACCGCAGUACACUCAGCUGCUGUCCAGUCGUCAGUCCCAGUCCCAGUCGCCGCCGGGACAGCGGCUGCAGUCGCCGUCGGGACAGUACUCGGCUUCCCCAGCCAGUCGAUAUCCCGCCUCCCCGGCGGCGGGGCACUUCACCCCGCCGGCCAGCGGGCCGCCGCCGUGGCAUGGGGCACCUGCGGCCACACCCAGACCUGGACCCGGUCCCGGAUCCGGAGCUGGACCCGGAGCCGGGCCGACGACACCGGUCGGAUACCGUCACAGUCCGGCUCCGCUCAGUUCUGGAGCCGGGACUAGCGGGCAGGCGUCACCCGCUGGAGUCACCCCUCCUCCAGCAGCGUCCCCGGCUACCAGGACCCCUGACAAGGAGCCGUCGCGCUCGACGAGCCCUAGCGCCGGCGAGCAGCGGCGCCCGCCGGCGGCGAGCGACCGCCAGUCGCCGGCGCACUACCCCUCCGGCCCUCCGGCGGGGGCGAUCGAUUUCUCGCAGCACCAGCCGCCGGCGGGCAAGGCGGACCUGGCGACUAAGUCUCUGUCGGACCUGGAGUCGCUGGUGGAUCAGAUUCCCAGUCUGGGCGGUGGUGAGGGGAUGGCGCCGGCUCCGGCUCGCCAUACCGCUCCACCGCCGCCGCCGCCGGUACGACCAUCCCUGGAAGUGGCCCCGUCUCCGCCCGGUGACCCGUACGGCCGUCUGUGCGCGCCGUACCCGACCCCGGCCGGGUACGGCUACUGUCCGGCGCCGUACAACUCCGGCGGCCAGCCGAGCUCAAACUUCUCGGUGGCCGCGCUGACCGGCGGCGCCGUGUCGCCCCCCGCGUCCGGCGCCGGCGGCCCGUGCCCCGGCCCGGCGCCGGCUGCGGCCGAGCUCGGUACCACCGCCGGUCCGUACCCGUACUCGGCGUACGGGGCGCUGCCGUACGCGGCCGGGCUGCACAUGCCGCCGCCGCGGUACGCCUAUCCGACGGGGUACGGCGCGCCGGGGUACCACCACCCCGGGUACGCGCCACCACCGGGACUGGAGCGCCUCAAGCCCGAUCAUUUGGACGCCCGGUUCGGAGCGUUCUAGAGACAGUUGGGAGGGGAGUGAGCGCGAUAUUAUAGACUUCCAGCGCGGGCCCAAGGGGCGAGCUGCUUCGUUGCUCACCAAGUUCGAUAGCAGAACCUCGCGAAGCGAUGUCGGUUGUGACGCUAGUCAGUCUGAACUGCGUUGUACUCAUUUUUAUCGAUGUUUUUUUGCGAAAAGCUAUCGUUUGCCCAAUCGAUUAAUUGCGUUGUCUUGAUCUCGUGUUCAUGAUAUUGAUCUCAUGUUUAUGAUAUUGAUCUCAUUGUGCUGCUCACGGCGUUGUUCUAUGUAUGUCAAAGGUGUUAUUUCGGCGCUACUCUAUGUUUUGUCCGCUUGCCGUGACUCGCGAGCAUGAGGCGACGGAACAGCUCCAUUGCCCGGGCAUUGCUACCGGCUCCAUGUACAAACGAUCUCAAAUGAGCUUUGUGUGGGUCGCGGGCGUGCCGGCCGUCGCGUUUGGUAGCUAGUCUAUUCUGCAGAGCUGCAUGGAAGGACAAUCACAGGGUACGGUGCAUUGGCGUGUGUAAUGUGUUCUACUUAUUGCACAAUCGCUUGCCGAGGCGAGCACGGCCGCUUCCACAAGCAGCAGAGUGCAGCAAUCGUUGCCGACACAUCAGUAUUGCACAGAGCCAUCGAAAAUGGCAGGGUUACGCGCACAGCGCAACGAAAUAGUAUUUUUCAUUAUCCAUAUUCGCAGACAUUCGUUUACAAUCACCCUCAUUCUCGUUGUGUAUCUUUGUACUGGAUGGCUGUUUUCUCCAGUCGGCGCGCUGUUUUCAGCACAUGUGUGUUCCAGUUGUGAUCUUGUUUGGAGCACCUGCCAGCGUCCAUAGGUUUGGCGGCGCCGCUCGGUCAUCUGGUCAUCCGCAUUCCGCGCGGAACUGAGCGGAACUCCGCCCCGCUCGUCUGGCCGGCAGUGUCCGACCUGCUGCGAUAUCGGCAGUCCGCUGGGUCGG